UUGUCCUGAGAAGAUUGUACUAAACAGGUCGCAAAGAGAAGAACAUGAUUAUGAAUUAUGAUUCCAGUUGUUCAAGUAACUCCGAGGCAACCACACGAUGAAAAACUCAAUCUCCGGCAAAAUUGUUCUUCUUGGAACAGCAUGGCUCGUUCUCUUAGCCGUAGUGGUGGUGGCACAGAAACCUGAUUUAGCAAAAAGUGGGUUCUUAAAUAUUCAUAAUGAAACCGUGUACAAGUUUGUCGCACUCCACAGUCUCCUGUCUAGUGGAUAAAGAAAGCUUUCGGGAGGAUAUAUCGGGGUUUAGCUUCCCGAUUGAGGCUGGUCCAAUCUACCAGACCCUGGACAGAUGUAUGAGCAACACUCCUCACAUAAUCGGCGGAGGACCCGCUUUGGCCAGGGAGUUCCCCCAUGCCGCUCGCCUGGGACAUCGAAGCGAUGCGGACCAAGUGGAUUGGUUCUGUGGAGGAACACUUAUUAGCGACAGGCAUGUCCUCACCGCUGCCCAUUGCCACUAUUCCCCACAGUACGUCCUCUUACCUGGUAAUAUUUCCAGUUGUCAAAUAUGGAACCUUUUCAGAGGUUCAGUCAACAUCGUGCGCCUCGGAGACUUGGAGUUUGACACGGACAUCGAAGACGCGGAUCCGCAGGACUUCAGCGUGAGGGAUUACACAAUGCACCCCGAAUACUACUAUCCGGAAAUGUACAAUGACAUAUCCGUGGUGACGUUGAGUCGACCCGUAAUCUUCAACGAGUACAUACAGCCGGCUUGUCUGCCCUUCGACGAUGGGCGUGCGGUCUCCUCCUUCAUAGCCAUCGGUUGGGGUCAGGUGGAGAGCAUUCCGAGAACUGAGAACAAGAGACUGCAGAAGGUAAGGCUGUACAACUACGGAACGCGCUGCAGGAUUACUUCAGAUAAAAUCGAUGAACUGCCCGAGGGUUACAAUGCCACCACCCAACUGUGCAUCGGAUCCAAGGAGCACAAGGACACCUGCAAUGGGGACUCCGGUGGUCCGGUCCUCAUAUGCCACGAUGACCACCCUUGCAUGUACCAUGUGAUGGGUAUCACAUCCGUCGGAGUGGCCUGCGACACACCCGAUAUUCCGGGCAUGUACACAAGGGUGCACUUUUAUCUGGACUGGAUUAAUCAGCAGCUGUCCAAAAAAUAGUACAGCUGAGAUUGUAAUUAGAAAUGUAGUCAAGUCACUCAAUAAUCAAGAUCAGCCUACCAUUACAAAUAUAAUUUGCAUUAUAGAUAUCCCAAAUUAGUAUUGAAAUCAUCUUCACCUGUAAGAUACAAUACAAAUAAGAGCAUUUGCUUACCCACUUAUAAGAAGUAUAAA